UAAGUGACAGUAAAUAUGUCAAAUUGUGCAGUUCUUUAAGACGAAAAUUAUGUGUAUCGUAAAAUGCCUUCCAAAGAAGUAGCCAGACGGGGAAAAAUUUGUAUAGUACCUGUGUGCAAGGCUGUAAGUGCCGACGUCCCAGAUCGGAUAUUCUUUCCUGUCCCUGAGAACAAACGAGAGAAUUGGGUGGAUAAAGUUGGAGGCGACAUUACAUCCAUCAAACCAAACAAACGGCUGUUUUGUUGUGAAAACCACUUUGAUGUUAAACGGGACAUUGUUGGAUAUGAUUUUUACAAGCAAUUCGGAGGUAGAAUUAAGUUGGAAGAUCAUGCAUAUCCGUUCAAAAAUUUGGGUGAUAUCGUUGUACCUCCACCAGAACGACUGCCAAUUACUAUAGCACAACUGCCGAAAGCAAAACGAAACCAUAAAGAGGAACCGUUGGAUGAUUCUGUGGAUCCUCUGUCCAUAUCUGAUGACAGAAUAGUUGCAGAUGAAGACGACAAUGAAUCGAGAUGUGAUGAUGAUGGCAACAAAUUUGAUGCGGCCGAUUCAGACACCGAUACUGACCAAAAAAUAGUUGAACCUUCGCGGAAAACACGGAGUGAGGAAAUCGUUGUCAUACCUGAAGUGUACAUAAACGACGAGACGAUUGAAAAUGGCUGUGGCGGAGACGAUGCUGCUUGCAGUGUAAAGUCAGAUGAUGAUUCUGAUUCAGAUCCAGAUCCAUUCGACGGUGUUAAGAAGGAACAACAAGAUGACAUCGAAACGAAUCACGUCGAUGAUAGCGACGAAGAUUCGAUGGACAGUCAAUUCGAUUGUAGGAAAUGUGGGAAAAGUUAUUCAUCAGCUAUAUCAUUGCGCCGACACGAACAAUCCGUUCAUAAGUCCAAAAAUGAACGGACAACUCGCAGUCAGAGAAAGUGUGAGACGCAAUUAGACAAUGCCGAGGAUAACGUAGAUGAUAACAAAACGAUUUCAUGUAGUGAAUGUAGCGAAAGGUUUAGCACCAACGAAGAGUAUUUAAGGCACAAAAUUGUCCACAAAAAAACGUUCGAAUGCGACGUUUGUCAGAAGGUAUUUCAGUCGCGAUUCCGCUUAAAAGUUCACUAUCCGAUGCACAUGGAAGUCAAACCUUACUUGUGCGAAGUAUGUUCGCGUCCAUUCGCAAGGGCUACAAACUUGCGCAGACAUCGUUAUACGCACGUAACAGAGAAAAAAUUCAUAUGCGACACGUGUGGUCGAGCAUUUCCUGCAAAAUUUUUGCUUCGAUUGCACAUGACCAAAUCUCACACCGAAACUGCAACGGUGAUGUGUUCGCAAUGUUCGAAGAUAUUUUCGUCAACGACUCAUCUAAAAGUGCACGUAAACGUGCAUCAUAGUGACGUCAAUCCGUACAAGUGUGACGUGUGCAAGCUUCAGUUUAAUCAGCCUUCCGCUUUGUUGCGUCAUCGCAAACGUUUUCACGAUCCGAAUAGCUCUUUUCAUUGUCAAGAGUGUCCGAAAAAGUUUACGCAACAAGUGGAAUUGGAACGACACAUGAAAACGCAUCCGAUCAAACGGUCAAUCAUUCGGUGUGAAGACUGCGGAAUAACGUUGUGUCGGGCCGAUCGCCUAAAAGCUCACCGGCUCAAGCUUCAUAAUCCUGAAUUCCCUUACAAGUGUGUGACUUGUCGCCAGACAUUCCCGACUGAGAUUUUAUUAACGCAGCAUGUUACGCGACUGCACGCACCGGAAUACGAAUACGUGUAUAAGUGCAUGCUAUGUCCGAAGAAAUUUAACCAGGAAGCUGCCCUAAAACGUCAUGUCAAACUGCACACGGACAUGAAAAAAAGUGUUCGCUGCGAAUUGUGUGACGCUAUAUUGGGUCGUGCGGAACGUCUAAAAGCACACAUGAGAGCGCUUCACAAUCCCAACCAUCCGUUCAAAUGCGACACAUGUCGGCAAACGUUUAAAGAACAGAAACUUCUCGAUAGUCAUAUUGUGCAGGCACACAAACAGACAAUUUUAUGCGAGUUUUGCAACAAAGCAUUCGGUAAACGUGACGGUCUGCGAAGGCACCUGCGUAGAAUACACAGUGAGUUUCUAUCAUCCGAACAAACGAAUUGUUUUUUAAUCAUAUUUUUGUCACUCGAUCCUGCUGCGUUUGCUGAUGGAGGUGGUGAAUCGAAAGCCAAUGUAGGUGGCGAAUCGAAAGUUAAUGGAGGUGGUGACACGAAAGUCGAUGGAGGUGGUGACUCCAAAAUCGAUGGAGGUGCUUAUACGGAAGUACGGGGUGGUUUACGAAAGAACAACGCUUCACAAUACGUAGUUAGAAUAGGCUCGUCAAACAGGAGCCAAGGAGGUAGUGUUUACAAGGUAGCUAAAGUGAUACCUCACCCAAGCUAUGAGCCAGUUGAUAUGCCUCACGAUGUGGCUCUUCUAAAACUUACAAAGAAGAUUACAUACAACAAAAGAACCGUGAAGAACGUACAUCUGGACCGUAACAAUGGAGCGUACAAAGCUGGAGAAAAGGUGUCGAGUAUGGGAUGGGGGGAAAAUCCAGAAAAUCCUAAAACACUAAACAUCUACAAAGUUUCCUUGAAAAUUGUUGACACAGCACAGUGUGCUAGGUCAUAUCGCGAUUCAGCGACCGGAUAUAAAAAACAUAAAAUUUGCGCUUUAGGACCUAAACCUAAAAAUGGUGACGUAUGUGAGGGGGACUCAGGUGGACCACUUUUGCAUGGAAAUCAACAAAUUGGAGUAGUUUCAUAUGGAGGAGAUUGUCCUCAAAAAAAUGGAGAACGUUCACCUGGCGUCUAUGCUAAAAUUGCAGACAAUCUGGCUUGGAUCAAGAAAGUAAUUUCUGGAUCCAAAGAACAAGAUGACGACGAAGAUAGCGACGAAGACAAAGUCGAAGAUGAAGAUAAUGACGAAGACAAACAUAAAGACGAAGAAGAUAAAGACGAAGAUAAGGCCAAAGACGAAGAUAAAGACAAAGACGAAGAAAAUUUGUCUUUUACCGUUAGUUUAAACCAAGAAAUGCCGUCGACAGAAAAAUGCAAAACGUGUAUGGUUCCCGUAUGCAGAGCCGACAACUCUGCCUUCCCCGAUCGAAUAUUCUUUACGGUACCGGAAGCUAAAAAAAGGCGCUGGUUGGAAAUCGUUGGUCAACACAGUGACUAUGUUGACCCAAAGGAACGACUGUUUUGCUGUGAAAAUCAUUUCAGUACAAAACGGGACAUAGUCGGUUAUCAUUUCUACAAAGUGUUCGGCGGCAGGAUAAAAUUGGAAGAUCAUGCUUAUCCCUGCAAGAAUUUGGGAGAAAAGAAAUUUACUCCGCCGUGUCGAAUACCAAUAAUUACUACAGAGCCUACAAAACCACAAGAAAAUGAUGAGCCUGGUGCCGACGAUUCCUUAGAUCCACUUGCAACUGUAAAUGAUUCUGACCGCGGGGAAGAUUCAGAUUGUGCUAACAAUGAUACUGGUUUCGAUAUCGACCAAUAUUCAGAAGAUGACGAAGAAGCGAAGAUCGACCCAUCCAAGAAACCGUCUGCGGUAUCGAGAAGUGAAGAAAUUGUUGUUACAUCUGAUGUCUAUCCUAUGGAGAACGUUGACGACGUUGACGACGGUGACGACUUCAGCGACAGCGAUGAUUUUCCAUUGAAGGCCGUAAAGACCGAAAAGAAGUCCAAUUCGGAUGUGUCCACCAGUAAAAAGGCCAAAGUGAGCAAAGCUGAUGUGGGCGAUAGCAGCAGUUCGAACCGAUACAAUUGCUCGCAAUGUCCAAAGAAUUUGUCAUCGUCCAGAUCAUUGAAACGGCACAUCAAAACCUUUCACGUUGAUCAGAAGCCGCGCACUAUUUCGUGUCCGGAAUGUAAGGAAACGUUUUUGGUUCGAGAAGAUUACAUCAAACACAAAGCGACGCACAAAAAGACUAUUGAAUGCGAUGUCUGCGAAAAGACAUUUCGAACUCGGUUUCUGCUCAAAUCACAUUACGUGCAGCACCUCAACGAAAAGCCAUUUCUGUGCGAAAUUUGCUCGCGUCCAUUUGCACGGAUGGCCACACUACAGAAGCAUAGAUUCACUCAUGUAACUGAGAAGACACACAUGUGCGAAGAGUGCGGCAAAGCGUUCUCUGCAAAUUUCCUACUGAAGCAACAUGUACACCAAUACCAUACCAACAACACCACCGUUAUGUGUUCGUCAUGUUCGAAAACCUUUUCAUCGACGGCUCUGUUAAACAUUCACAUCAAGGCUUAUCACGAUGAGGUCAACCCAUACGAAUGUGAGAUUUGUCACAUGCAUUUCAAACAUCCGUCCGCUUUGUUGCGUCAUCGAAAACGUUUUCACGAUCCGAGGAGUUCGUACCCUUGCGAAAUGUGUCCGAAAAAGUUUUCAAAACUGGAGAUGCUGGAACGCCACAUGAAAACACAUCCGAACAGACCCAUGACUCUUGAUUCAAAAUUGAAACUAAAGGACAAGGUCCAAAAAAUUGUCGAAAAGCCGGUGUUCAAAUGCGACGAAUGUGGCAUCACACUCUGUCGGCCAGAUCGUUUAAGAGCGCACCUGGCCAGUCUCCACAAUCCGAAAAACCCGCACAGAUGCGUUACGUGCCGUCAGACAUUUCCAACCGAGAUGUUGAUGAACCAGCAUGUAAUGCGAUUGCACGCACCUGAGCAUGAAUACAUUUACAAAUGCCACAUAUGCCCGAAGAAAUAUAAUCAAGAAGCGGCGUUAAAGCGGCAUGUCAAAUUGCAUACGGAUCCAAAGAAACCGGUCAGAUGUGAAUUGUGUGGCAAGGUACUGGGCCGACCGAAUCGAUUGAAGCCGCACAUGAGAGCGCUUCACAAUCCCGACAAUCUCCACAAAUGCCCCGUUUGUCACCAAACGUUCCGUGAACAAAAAAUGCUGGACAGUCACACUACUCAAAUGCACGAGCAAACGAUACUAUGCCAGUAUUGUGCCAAGUCGUUUGGCAAACACGAAGGAUUGCUACAACAUAUUCGCAGGAAUCACAGCGAUUUGCUGUCAAUUGGAAAAGAAAUUAAGAUGGAGACUGAUGAUUAAUUGAAUAUAUUCGUUCUAAGGUUUGCGUAUUUGAUUGUAAAAUUAAAAUUUUAGGAAAAUAAUUUGUUUGUCCGAAUUAAAAUUGACCUUGAGAUAGUA